GUUGUCCAGCAGCGGGAUGAAUGGCAGCAUAGCCAGCUGUGUUUGGAACGGUAAUAACGAGUACAAAGAGGUGAAAAUCAAAAGAUUGUAGAGUUUCAAAUGUCCCGAGAGCCCGGGCCAGGCAGGGCAGUUAUUCUCAGGAGGAGACAUCUCGAAGGCGGUGGAAUAUCUCCUGUAUUAUGUAUGUCGUCCUUGUUCGGCAGGAGCAUGUGCCGCAGCCGCUAUCACUCGGGGUCAUUGGCCAAUGACAGCACAAGCAAAGUGGUAACCGUCCUCUUGGCCGACCUCGCUCGAUAAGAUGAUAAGCCGAGCUUUGUCAAACUUCGCGUCAUAGCUUGGUGCUUGAGAGACACCAGCACAAGAGAGAGAGGGUGGGCGGGGAAGAGGUUGGAAAGAGAUUGACCGCCAUGGGAUCCCAGGUUGGAGUCUCGCUGAGAGCUGGGUGAUCUGCCGCCUUGAAGGACCGGAUGCUCCACAGUGGGAACAGCACUAACACAGCACUUGCAGAACUGGGAGUUGCCUUUUGCCAUGCAAGCAAGCUUGUCGAUGAUGUCGUCUCCAGCCCAUGUGCCAUAGCCGCCCUGGAACACUCUCGAAUUCCUCCCAGCAGCAGGUCGCACAACCCGUUUAUUCUCUCCUCCCAGUCCUGCCAAAGCCGUUUGUGAUCGUUGAACCUCCAACGUUGCCCGAUCGUCCACGGUCUCGUCGCUACGCCCUAGCAUCCAUCACCACACCCCACCAUCUCCACCGAGCCCACCUGUAAACUGAAUCGUCCCCGGGCCAGACCCUGCUUUGCGGGCGCGUUGGUGACAUCCCCCGCGACGGCUUGCGAAAACACACACACACCACCAGCCCACGAGUUUUUCACUUGCUUGACUUGUCUGUUUCUCUCUGUGUGUCUCUGAAAUCUCUUUUUCCUUUCCUUUGUUGUGACGUCCCAACUGAAGGCUGUCCAAAGACCAAGGCAUACCUGAGUCUGGAGCCUCGAGCGCCUCCCGCAAGACCAGAUGGCCUCGAGAAAUAACCCCACCACCUGGGACCAGUAUGAGCGCGGCGGAAUGUCACGAACCGGCAGUGUUUCUUCGAUAGGGAACAGGAGUGUACAGUUUGAAAACGAGUCUCUCCUAGGAAGGAGUGUGGACUCCAACCAGGACGAUGGCGAGUGGCCACACCUGAGACGGAGGAGAUCCUCCAUCACCAACCGCCUGACUGCCCUGACAGACAUCGGCGGUGUCAACAGUAUCCGUUCCUUCACCCGCAGUUGGCAGCGUGCGGCUGGUUUCAGUGAAGUUAUCCCCCAACGACCCUCGUUCGUCUUUGCGCCAGACCAAGCCCACCAGCCGAUUCAGUAUGGCCGAAGUCCCAUCGACACGGCCGAACAAGGUUCCGCCGAGAGGACCUCCCUGCUCCAUGAGCACUUCCAGGCCGCUGCCAACCAACAAAGUCUCGCCGACCAGCCCAUCAGGGAGGAAAGGGAAAGCCCUGAGCCAGGCGCGAGCUUCUCUCCAGGCCGCCAGGUCGCUGCCGCUGACUACCGUGAACGGGAGGCGAAGGCCCUCGAGCAGGAACUAGGAGGACCAUUGUUCCGGACUGGCAGUCAUCAGUCGAUGUCGGGCACUUCGAUCUUUGCCAUUCCUCCUCAUCUAGCGACGCCCUCGAUUGUGGGAAGCUAUGGAUCUAACAUCGACUAUGGCACAAUACGGUCCAGUGUCAGCAGGGCGUCCAUGGCCGAGGCGGCUGCGCUCUGGCAGCAGCAGCAGGAGAGCGGUGCCAAUGUUCCAGAUGACGAAAUUGCCCCUAUUUUGGUCAAGGAGGUGGAGCAGGAUGGCAAGAUUGUUCUGGCUGUCGAGGGUCAGUCUACGCUGCCCCAGACUGUGUUCAAUUCGACCAACGUCUUGAUCGGCGUUGGUCUCCUGAGCUUGCCCAUGGGUAUCAAGUAUGCCGGUUGGAUCAUUGGCAUGGUGGCCUUGUUCCUAUGCGCUGCAGUAACGGCUUAUACGGCCAAACUCCUCGCAAAGUGUAUGGAUCUGGACCCCAGUCUGAUCACCUUUUCCGACCUGGCCUUCAUCUCUUUCGGACGCAAUGCGCGAAUAGCGACCAGUGUGCUUUUUACGCUCGAGCUUCUCGCUGCAUGUGUUGCGCUGAUUGUGUUGUUUGCUGACUCUCUUGAUCUGCUGUUCCCCGGGUUCUUGUCUGUAAAUGGGUGGAAAGUCUUUUGCGCCGCGAUACUGAUACCUCUGAACUUUAUGCCACUGCGGCUGCUGAGUUUUACGAGUAUUCUUGGUAUCUUUUCCUGCCUCAGCAUUGUGCUCAUCUUGCUGCUCGACGGGUUCUUGAAGCCAACUACACCUGGUUCCCUCAUUGAGCCGGCAAAGACCUACCUUCUCCCUGAGAACUGGUUGACUUUGCCGCUGUCGUUCGGGCUGCUCAUGUCUCCUUGGGGCGGGCACAGUGUGUUUCCAAAUAUCUAUCGUGACAUGAGACAUCCCUACAAGUACGCCAAGGCGCUCAAGUAUUCCUUCUCAUUCACCACCGUUGCCGACAAUGCUGGUUUCAUUGGGAGGUCGAUGUAUUUCCGUGGGGUGAUGAAGGUGGUCGUCCGUGUCGUGGUCAUCAUUGUGUUCUUAGUCAUUGCGAUUCUCUUCCCGGCCUUUGAUAGCAUCAUGGCUUUCAUGGGGAGCGCUUUGUGCUUCACCAUUUGCGUGACCUUGCCAUUGGCAUUUUACCUGAAGCUCUUCGCGAGUGAGAUUCAGAGCAAGGAGAGAAUCGCAGUCAUGAGCAUGAUGAUUCUGUCGACGAUUCUAAGUGUCAUCGGAACUAUCUGGGCCUUUUUGCCCAAGAGCUGGAUUGGUGCCGAGAAGGUUGCUGCUGACCCCACCUACUUUCAGUGAUGGGUCAUGAUGUAUAUUGGUGUUUGAUGGUUGAAGGUUGGUGCAUGGAUUUAUACCCAGGUUGAGGAAUGGAUGGAGAUGUUGCGAAAAAGAUGAACAAUGAAGUUGAUGAUGCUGGCUGAGGCACGAUUUAAUGAAUCGUUGGGACAUGCAACACACGCGCGCCACGACAUAUAUGGUGCAUGAUGGGAUGAGCUGCGGUCGUCUUUUUCUUGUCUUGUUGUUUACUGACGCCUAUUUUAUAUCAUCAUUGUGUACUGUUGGUUUCUGAUUCGUCACAUAGCGUUUUUGUUAUUUUUUUUCUUGCGGUUUGCUGUGAGCAUAUACAUGGAGGAACAUGGCGAUGAGCAUAUAUUGGCAGUAAUUGAAUCCUCAAAGCUGUUGAUCGUAGAUGUAAUGUGCUAUAUUCUCUCGGGGAGGCUACAAUGCUUUGACAAGCCGUGGACUAUAUUUCUGUUUUGGAGUCAUGAAGGC